GGAGCCUGGUUCCGGCCCUCACACGUCCUGUGCCUCCAACCAGGCGGCCGCGUGGUCAACACCAACUGCUCGGCCGCGCACACCCGCCAGGCGCUGUGCUGCAAGAUGGGAACUGUGACCACAGUCAAGUUCUGGUUCGCGACCGGUGGGGCCGGGUUCUGCCUCAGCAGAGGCCUUGCCCUCAAGAUGAGCCCGUGGGCAAGUGCCCUCAGACCUGCCCCGAGGCCCGGGGACCAAGCGGCCUCCUGCCCAGACCCUGAGGUGACCUUGAGCUACGGGGGUCCUGAGAACCCCGGGAACGUGGUGAGUGUGGCCGGAGGCUUCAGCCUGCAGCAGGACCCCACGCGGUUUAAGUCCAUCCACUGCCUUCUCUACCCGGACACGGACUGGUGUCCUGUGACCUCACCUCUAAGUGACCCUCGACCCCUGACCCAGGGGGUGGCUCUUGGAUGAAGCCUGCGGCCUCCUGGCCUCAAUUGACUCCCUGUAGCCAGGCCGCAGGCCCAGGUGACCGGGCCCUGAGGAGUGGGCUCCCCGAGGCUUUCCCUGCAGGGUUCCUGGGGGGAGCGGCCCUCCGCACCCGGCUCCGUGCCCAGCAGGGCAUCUCGGUCUCCAGGGCAGUGGCGCUCGAGGGCUGAGGCCCCAGCCAGUCGUGCUCUGGGCGUCUCCACGUGGAGGCUACGUGUUGGGGGACCCCGCGGGCAGGCCCCUCUCGGGCUCCUCAGCCAGACCCCUUCCUGGGGACCUUGAAGACACCCCUCCACUGCCUCAGCCCUCAGUUCUGGACUCUCCCGGCUGCAAGUCCAGGAGGCACGAGCAUUUUGUGGGCUCCCCUCCGGUGGGACGGCCUUGCGCUGCCCCCGGCCUGUGCCUUCCCGGUGGUGCAGGCGCAGCGCAGCCCUCCCUGCCUCUCGCUGUGCUGUUUCAACAAGCGAAUAAGAGUUUGUUCCUUUC